GAUAAAAAAGAAAAUAUGACCCAUCGAUUUUUUUUAUUCCUUUCUUUUAUGGCCGUCAGGAUACAUUUUGUUACUUCUGCCAUACAGCACCUGAGGCUGCGUCGAUAAAGAGGUAUUCAUUUCAAGCCCCGCCCUCCUGAAGCUUUUGCCUCGAACUAGCCGUCAGGUGCAAGGUUCAUAAUCAAACAGUUUUUCCCUCUCUUUGCCUGAUUCCCAGCCCUGUCGGGUGGACAGGUUGCGCGCAGCGUCGAGUGUCAGUACUGCAUAUUGAAUUUCCUUGCGCUCUGGACUUGUCUCUGGGAGCUCCGCUGAAUGUGUCUUCGUUUCCUCUGCCUUCUCAUGCCGAAACGCUCCGUGGUGGUCGGAGGAAGUUCUUUUCGCCCACAGAUACGGCUUUGAAACGUGAAACCCUAUGAGGGUUGUUGGCGGCAUGAACCUUUCUCUAUAAAAAGGACGGUGAAACAUUCAAGCUGAAUUUGGCCGGACCGCUGAAUAUGCCCAGGAGCCCAACGUCCAGCGAGGAUGAGAUGGCCCAGAGUUUUUCCGACUACUCCAUGGAUUCAGAGUCCGACAGCUCCAAAGAGGAGACCAUCUACGAGACCAUAAAAGCCACCGCCGAGCGGCCGCACAGCAGGAUGGAGGACAUCCAGAGCAACACCCUGGUCGUCCGCGUGGUCAUCCCCGACCUGCAGCAGACUAAAUGCAUGAGGUUCAACCCCGAUGCCACCAUAUGGGUUGCCAAGCAACGGAUCCUGUGCACACUGAACCAGAGUCUAAAAGACGUCCUGAACUAUGGACUCUUUCAGCCUGCCGGCAACGGAAGGGAUGGCAAGUUUCUGGACGAGGAGCGACUCCUGAGAGAGUACCCUCAACCCAUCAGCAAAGGGGUCCCGACACUAGAGUUUCGCUACAAGAGCCGAAUUUACAAGCAGCCAAACGUCGAUGAGAAACAGAUUGCCAAACUUCACACAAAGGCCAACCUGAGGAAGUUCAUGGACCACAUUCAGCACCACCAGACAGAGAAGGUCUCCAAGAUGCUGGAGAGAGGGCUCGACCCCAACUACCAUGACGCCGAUACCGGUGAAACCCCGCUGACCUUCGCCGCCCAUCUGGACAACAUGGUGGACGUAAUCAAGGCCCUGAAAAACGGGGGUGCACAUCUGGAUUUCCGGGCGAAAGACGGGCUGACCGCCCUGCACAAGGCAGCCAAGUCUAAGAACCAAGUGGCCCUGACGACGCUGCUGGAGCUGGGAGCGUCGCCGGACUACAAGGACAGCCGAGGCCUGACGGCACUCUACCACACUGCCAUGGUCGGGGGAGACCCCUACUGCUGCGAACUGCUGCUGCACGAGCAGGCCACUGUCAGCUGCCAGGACGAGAACGGCUGGCACGAGAUCCACCAGGCCUGUCGCUAUGGACACGUCCAGCACCUGGAGCACCUGCUGUUCUACGGCGCGGACAUGAGCGCGCAGAACGCCUCGGGCAACACGGCGCUGCACAUCUGUGCGCUCUACAACCAGGAUAACUGUGCCAGAGUUCUUCUUGUCCGCGGAGCCAGCAAGGAGGUGAAGAACUACAACAGCCAAACUCCAUUCCAGGUGGCCAUUAUAGCAGGCAACUUUGAACUGGCAGAGUUAAUUAAGAACCACAAAGAGACUGACAUAGUGCCUUUUCGAGAGGCACCGGCGUACUCCAGCCGGCGUCGGGGUCCCCAGAGCACGCUCACCGCGCCCCGGGUGCUGCUGCGCUCCAACAGUGACAACAACCUGAACGCCAGCGUCGCGCCGCCGGACUGGUCGCCGGCCGCCCCGUCCGCCGCGUCCGCCGGGUCCUCGGCCGUCUCUUCCCACUGCAGCCUCUCCCCUCGCCUGCUCCAGCAGAUGCAGAGCAACCCCAAUGGCACAGUGAAGACCAUGGGGAGGGGCUCCCGCGCGCCCCGCAGCCGCUCGCCCUCCCUCAACCGGCUGGGGGAGGAGGCCCGGAGACAGCCCCCCCAGCGCCACGUCAGUCCCAGUGCCAACCGCGAGGCCCACUCGGCGCUGGACUUCCAGGGCUCCAAGCGCAAGCUGUACAGCGCCGUCCCUGGGAGACACUUUGUGGUGGUCCGGUCCUACCAGCCGCAGGGAGAGGGAGAGAUCAACCUGUACAAGAAUGACAGGGUGAAAGUUCUCAGCAUAGGAGAAGGAGGGUUCUGGGAAGGUAGCUCCCGGGGGCAUGUGGGCUGGUUCCCGGCAGACUGCGUGGAAGAGAUCCCCACCAAGCCCUACGAGGAGAAGCCGCAAACCAGAGCUGAUAGAUCGGACAGGAGGAAACUAUUCAGACACUACACAGUUGGGUCUUAUGACAGCUUUGAUGCAUCAAGUGACUGCGUUGUUGACGAGAAGACCGUGGUUCUGCAGAAGAAAGACAAUGAGGGGUUUGGAUUUGUGCUGCGGGGGGCCAAAGCCGACACACCCAUCGAGGAGUUCACCCCCACCCCAGCCUUCCCUGCCCUCCAGUACCUGGAGUCAGUGGACGAGGGUGGGGUCGCCUGGCAGGCGGGACUCAGAACCGGAGACUUCCUCAUUGAGGUCAACCAGGACAAUGUAGUGAAGGUGGGUCAUCGGCAGGUCGUCAACAUGAUUCGGCAAGGGGGCAACCAGCUGGUCAUCAAGGUGGUGACGGUCAGCAGGAACCUGGACCCAGAGGACACCGCUCGCAAGAAAGCACCCCCACCUCCAAAGAGGGCUCCAACCACAGCGUUGUCCAUGCGUUCAAAAUCUAUGACUUCUGAGCUGGAGGAGCUAGGUGAGCACCCCACACUGAGGAAAAAGAAGGGCGACAAAGUGGACGAGGUCACGCCCUCACAGAGGCAACCGCGGGACAACGUUCCCGUGGACGUGAGGGUCGCCACCAUCAAGCCACGCCCAUCCAGUAGGUGUUUCGCCACCCCCGCAGGCACAGAAAUGAACUCCCUGUACGAUCGCCAGGGGGUGGCCGUGGUCCCACCGACCGUGCCGGGUAGUGCCAGAGGCGGCUACCUGGGCGUACCCAAGGGCACCAUGAGAAGACAGAAGUCAAUAGGUAUAACAGAAGAGGAGAAGCAGUUCCUGACCCCACCGUUGCUGAAAUUUACCAGAAGCCUUUCCAUGCCAGACACGUCGGAGGACAUUCCCCCUCCGCCGGCGAUCUCCCCUCCAUCCCCUCCUUACAACACGCCCAAGUCUCCCACAGGAAGGGGCUACGGCACCAUGCGGGCGGGCUUCAACCAGAACUCCGCCUCCAAAGGCCCCGCCUCCAACCGAGGGGACCCCAACGUGGGCACCAUACGCAGGGACAAGGGCGCCUAUUACCGGCAGGAAUCGGAGCAGUACGACGCGGAGGAGGCCUUCGACCAGAACGCCUCGGCCCAGCAGAACUACCGUAACCGCCGGGCCCAGGUGCCCGAGAACCCGUACUCGGAGGUGGGCAAGCUGGGCACCAAGGGGCUGUACGUGCCCGCCAAGCCGGCGCGGAGGAAGGGCAUGCUGGUGAAGCAGCCCAACGUGGAGGACAGCCCGGAGAAGACCUGCUCCAUCCCCAUCCCCACCAUCAUCGUCAAGGAGCCGUCCACCAGCAGCAGCGGCAAGAGCAGCCAGGGCAGCAGUAUGGAGAUUGAGACCAGCGCCCCGGACCAGCCAGGCCAGCUGCGGCCCGAGGACGGCCUGAGCGUCAGCAACCCCUUUGCCGCUGCCAUCGCCGGCGCCGUGCGCGACCGCGAGAAGCGGCUGGAGGCCCGCAGGAACUCGCCCGCCUUCCUCUCCACCGACCUGGGCGACGAGGACGUGGGGCCCACCCCGGUGCCCCGCCUCCGCCACUCCAAGUCCAUCGAUGAGGGCAUGUUCGGCAACGACGAGCGGCUACGCGGGCUCAUGGCCCCUCCCGCCCCCCUCUCUGUCUCCCAGGGAGGGGGCAAUGUGACCGACUUCAACACCCCCGAGCCAACGCUGGUGAGGGAGCCCCUGAGCACGCGGACGGGCAACAGCCCCAACCUGGACAGCCCCGUCAGCCUGCCGACCCCCAAGACCUACAGCACCAACGGGGGGAGCUACGUGCACCCGGUGACCGGGAAGGCGCUGGACCCCAACUCCCCCCUGGCUCUCGCGCUGGCCGCCAGGGACCGCGCCAUGAAGGAGCAGGCCCAGCCGCCCCCGCCCAAGACCGAGUCCCUCAAGCCCGACCUCAACAAGCCCCUCUUCAUCGACACCAAGCUGAGGCCCAGUGUGGACGCCGGCUUCUCCGUUGCCGCCACCUUGGGCCGGCCGGGUCGCGGGGCGCUCCGGCGCCAAGCCACCGAGUCCAAGUACGAGACAGACCAGGCCAAGGAGGACCUGAAGCCGGAGGAGAAGAAGAACAUGCUGAUCGACAUCGUGGACACCUCGCAGCAGAAGUCCGCGGGGCUCCUCAUGGUCCACACGGUGGACGGGGCCAAGGCGGAAGAAGGCGACGAGGGGACAGACGGGGUGGGGACCGACAGCGCCCCAUCGGAGCUGCGGGACACCAACCAGCCGGUUGCGGCCGACCCCAUCGAGCCGCCGGCCCCCAACGCCCAACCGGCAGGCCCCCGACCCAAGGCCAUCAUCACCGUCAGCUCGGUGGACGAGCCCGUCAAGCUGCCCUUCCGCAUACCGCCGCCGCCCCUGGCCUCCGUCGACAUCGAAGAGGAGUUUGUGUUCUCCGAGCCCCUGCCGCCCCCGCUGGAGUUCGCCAACAGCAUUGACAUCCCCGAAGACCAGGCGGGGGCCAUCGCCGAGCUGCUCAAGCAGAGGAAGAACGGGGCCGGGGCCUCCCUGUUCCUCGGCAACCCCCACCCGCUGACAGUGGCAACGGCGGCGGCCGUCGGAGCCGAGCCGAAAAAGCCGGUGGGGCUCUCGAACUGCGUGCCCCCGAGCUACCCGCCGCCGCCCCCCGACGGCCCGGAGCCCAUCACCGACUCGGGCAUCGAGGAGGCGGACAGCCGCAGCAGCGGCGACCCUCCCCUGGAGACAACCAGCACUAUCUCAACCGUGUCCAGCAUUUCCACCCUGUCCUCCGAGGGCGGGGAAACCCUGGACACCUGCACUGUCUAUGCAGACGGGCAAGCAUUUCUGGUGGACCGGCCCCCCGUCCCGCCCAAGCCAAAAAUGAAGCCCAUCAUCAACAAAAGCAAUGCACUUUACAAGGACGCCCUCAUCGAGGAGACCCUCGAAACCAUGGGGCUGCCUCCCCCCGCCCCGCCCCCGCCCCCAGGGGGAGGCGCUCAGGCGGACCUCCCCAAAACCCCAACGCAAAGGACCUCAAAGCUCUGGGGAGACCCACCUGAGCUCAAGAGCCCGCCCACCCCCGACCCCAAGGCCACUGUCAUUAGCGAACUCAACUCCUUCCUGCUUCAGAUGAACAGAGAACGGCCGCCUAAGCCAGGGGAGCCCCUGGACUCACCUACAGGGUCCAGGCCUAACUUCGGAACAAGGGGUCCGGAGGGCACGCCCCCGCCCUCAGCCACUCAGCGAAACGCCAUGGUCACCUUCGCCGCGCGGCCGGGCCCCCACCCGACGGGCCGCCAGCCGGACAGCAUGCCCCCGCAGCACCGGGCCCCCAGCCCCAUGUCGUCCCCGCCGGACGCGGGCCCCGGCCGGGCCUCCUCCCUGCCGGCCUCGGCCCCGGCCUCCUCCCCGACCCUGACGGACGUGUUCGGGCUCCCCACGCCCCCGCUGGGUGGCGAGCGCUUCGGCCUGGGCUCCGGGAGGAGCCGCUCGCCCUCCCCACUCACCCUCAUCCAGGCCGUCUCCAACAAGCCCUUCGCCUCCAAGCCGGUCCUCCUGUGGACCAAGCACGAUGUAGCAGACUGGCUGGAGAGCCUCAACCUGGCCGAGCACAAGGACGCCUUCUUGGACAACGAGAUCGAGGGCGCCCACCUGCCCAACCUCCAGAAGGAGGACCUGAUCGAUCUGGGAGUGACUCGAGUGGGGCACCGAAUGAACAUAGAGAGAGCGCUGAAGGUACUGAUGGACAGAUAAGAGAGGGAUUCCCGGCUCCUGCUGUCAUCUUCUCCCCCUUUUUUUCCUUUCAGUUAUCACUUUUCCUUCGGUUUUUCUGUCGGGUCCGCCGGUUGUUUUCCCGCCGCGCUCUCCCUUGGGGAGGGGGGGCGCGGCGGUCGGGUCGGAGCGCGCUCUCGGACGGCCGCCAUUUUGAAAAUAACGGCGCGGGUCGCGAAUAAGCACAACGGUUCCGCGCGAGGCCCAGCGGAGAAACGAGCGGACCCCGCCCGGGCCGGGACAGAGGAGCGAGAGAUGGCCACAGAUGCUCUUUUUUGUGAUACCGGCGUAAUACGGACCAGUCGCUUUGGAAUACAAGGAGUUUUUUUUUCAAUCAGCCACAUUUGGAUGCACCCGACCAUUUUCUACCUUUGCUAUAUAAUCUCCUCAGAGAAUAUUUCUUCAGCGAAAAAAAGGGUUAUAUUUAUCGACGCGUCAGCUAUUUAGGAAAAAAUAAGUGUCUUGCUUCUCACCCGUUUGUCUGGAAAGAAGAGGAAGCUGAUCUGUCAGCUUGAUGGAGACCAUUUCUUGCAGUGCACACACAGUCCCGGUGUUUCCACUCGAAAAGCACCUCUUUUAGUAUCUGGCACCUGUUUCACAGCUAUAGGGGCACAAUUGUAGCAAGCAGCUCAGUUUUUAGUUGUCAUCUGCUUUCCCUUUCUUUCUUGGCUCACGGUAAAUUUUCCUUUGAAUCCAGUAUAUCUAUCUGAGUUGUGUGAAAGGUGUAAUUUGUGUACGAAUCAUUCUUGUCUUCCACAUCAGUGCAGGUGGUCAGGGGGGUGAAAGCCAAGGGCCCUCCCUUUCACCCUUUCCCCUGAAAACGCCAAACAAGACCAACAAUCAGCAGCUUCUGACAUUCCACGAGCCACCUUCCGUCCUAUCAGUCUCAAAUUGGUACAUUUCCUUUAAAAAUAAUCAUUUGUGUUCACUUAUAUAUGAACUGUUGACCCACAGAUUUAUUAGAGACAAGAGGUGUCUGAGAUGGUUGGUAAACGGGGUGGGGGAGGGGGUGUUAAUGUUUUUAGUGAACCCAGGGAACAAGAACGUGUUUGGUUAAAGGUGUGAGCAAAACAUACCAGAUUUUAUUAAUUUAUUUGGCCAAAUAAAACACAGUAUUGAAAUAGGUUUUUGGUACAAUCUGAACAGUGAGAGUGGAGGGGCAACAAGGCAAUACUGUGCUUUAUGGCUACAGUGCAAGCAACCCCUUUCAAUGAUGCUGCUAUCCAAAUGUAUACAGUUAGGUACAGUAUUAUUUAUAUAUCAUAUCUUAUACAUAAUGUGUGUAGAGAGAGAGAGAGAUCUAAUAUAAAAGUAUAUAUUAGUCAUAAAGAUAUAUAUGAAUUAAUACAUAUCUAAUUAUGCUAUAUCUAUAUAAAAUAUGACACACUGAAGCAGUAUUUGCUGUCUGUCCACCCGCCCAUUUUUGCCUUCAUUGGAGUGGUAUUGAACAGCAGCUCCUGGGCUUCUGUACUGGUGGUCUUUCCAGGGUUCCAGGGGAAGAAAAUAGGUGCAACACAGGAAGUACCUGAACCAGCACAGCUUCUCACUGUUGCUAGAGCAGCAGAAAUGCUAGUGUCACUGAAAUUUUAGGCAGCGAACCACAAAUCUGGCCACAGAGAACAAAGAAUCUUAACUACGGUUGUACUCGAACAGGCAAAGCACCACAAAACAUUUACCACGUGGACUGAUGGGAUAUGUAGUCCACUGCUAUUCAAACACUCCACAGUCCCAAGCUCUGCAUUUAAUCUUCCAUUAUCCACUCUGCCUAGUUAGUGUGGUGCUCUGACUGUUAAAUGCACUGGGUCUUUGCAUUGAUGAUAAUUCAUUGAUGAUAUUUUCAUCUCAGGGCUCGGCCAUUUGAGAAGCUUGUAACUGUUUUAGCGUCUUCUGGUUGCCACCUCUAUUGAGCAAGAUGCAUUAGUCCUAAGAUCCAGGACAUGGGAGAGAUUGGUGCAAUAUGUGGAUAUAUUGGACGUUUGCCAUUUCAUUUUUUAUAUCGGGUUGAAAGAACAAGGUCCGGACGUCGUCCUUGGUAUCGCGCAUUCCCAGGCGUAAAGAUCUGUUUGACUGUGGACACAUUGUUUUUGAAAGCACCAUUAAGCCUUCUUGUGCAGGCCAGAAGCGUUUGCCCUUUCGGCGAAUCUCAGAGUGAGGGGAUGACAGUCGAAACAGCCAGUGGCAUUUAUCACCUGAAAAGAACUCGAGAGGGUUUGAUGGAGUGUUAUCAGAAAAGCUCAAUGUUAAUUUCAAACGGGAACAGAGCGGUAGCAUAAUGACAGGCAUUAAUUACGGACUCCUAAUGGCUUUCGCGAAAAAAGAGGUCUCAUUAAACUUAACCGCUCAUUAAUAUCCUUGUGCAAAUGCGGAGCACAACAGUGCGAAGCCUAAUGCUCCCUUGUUUUCUGCCACGGUUGAAAGCGUCAUUGCUCCCGGUUUCAGGCUGGUGAUAAGGAGGUGCUUCCACGAGAAGGCCGUUGGCUGCGAGAGACAGACACCUGCAGUGGAGACCGAAUGGGGGAGUGAGCUCCGUGAGCUGACCCCGCCGCCAGCAGUUCCGACAUUCCCUCUACGACGCCACGCACCAUCGCUCACACGCUUUUGCUAUAUGAAUGAUUGACAUACGGUUAUAUCUAUUACUACGAUUACCGGACAUAAGAGAAAUAUAGGUGUCCUUUGAGAAGACUUACAGGAGUUAAGCUGCUAAUUAUAUCAUUUUUAAAUAGAUGUUAUUUUAAAACAGAGCUUCAGAAUAAAGCACAGUAUUUUUAAUGAUUUAUAGAGAACUAUAUGAAAUUUUAUAAAGGUAUUUGGAGAAAAUGUUACUGCAUCAACUCUGAAGUAUGGUUUGCCAAAAAAGAAAAAAUAUAUAUAUACAUACAAUUUUUGAGGUACCAAUUAAGAAGCAAUAUUUAUAAUGAAUGGGUUCGUUUGGUUGUUUUUUGCAAGUUUACAAAUCCUCUGACAGUAUCAUGAAUCCCGAACCACAUAUCACUGAGGAAAGAACUUGAAUAAGCAUAAUCAUUACCAUUAGGAGAGAACUGACCGUUCAACACACUGAAAUCAAAUGGUAGUCUUCUGCCUCUGUUAAAUACUGUAAUUAAAAUUUUGAAAUUACAAUUGCUUAGUUUGUGUAUUAUGUGUGUAUAAAUUACCAAAAUAUCACAGGCUGUAAAUUUAUAUAUAACCUCUUAGGCCACUUUGUAGGGAACGGUCUGAGGACACUUUUACGCUAACUUAUAUAUUUAAAUUUAAAAAGACUAGAUGUGACUGUUGAAAAAUUAAUUAUAUGGAACUACAUACCACUAAGCUAAUUUAUUUGUGGAUCUAACUUUAGAAGCUGAAUAGUGGAGUCUCAAGUCAAAAAAAAAAAAAAACUACAAAAAAAAAAAUGCUAAACCCAUCUCCCAAUGGAUUGGGCUAUGUUGCCAACUGUUGACACGCCACACAAAGUCCCACAUCAAAUGGAUUUCCUCUUAGAGAUUAGCUUCAAUUUGGUUUCUUUCUUUUUUUAAUUCUUCAUAGAUAUUAAGAUGUUCCUCGCUCUACUUUGUGUAACGACUUGUGUUCAUGUUAUCUAUGUUGCUGUAAUUUUGUGCUGCAGAAUCCUCUUAUUUAGAGUUAAUUAUUGAGAUAAGAGAAGUUCCUGUAACCGCACAUUCCCCCAAAUCCUCAAUACUCUUGUAUGGCAACCAAAAUUUACUGUAAGAAAUAAAUAUAACAUUGCACUA